UUUCAUUAAAUUCAAUUUAGACAAGAAAAAACCCUGAAAUAUCUACGAAAAGUAACAUAAACGGACCACUUAAUAUAUGCAUUGAACAAGCUGAAAGCGGAAACUAUAUAAAAAAACUACACUCGUAUCUACUUGAUAAAAUCUGGAGAAAACUGUCAAGUGAAUAAAAAGCUCUUGGUAUUUUUCAUACAAAUUCGAUGGUAAGUAAUUAAGAGAGAUUUAAAACAUUUAUCUGAAUUUCUAUUUGAUUGAUAAAAUUAAAAAAUAGGUUCCAAAAAAUUUGUGGCUAACCUUAAAGGUAAGAAAACUUUAUCCAUAUCUGAUAAAUAAUACAAUAAUCGUUUCCAUAAUAAUGUAAAAAUAAUGCUGUAUAUAAACAUUAGACGAAGGGCUACGAGUCAUAAUGAAAUCAGUUUGUGUACAAGCGACCUAAGUAGUACACAAUCAGAAAUAUCAUGCAACGGGUGUGCUAGGAAAGUUUGGAGUCAAGACAAGAUGGUGGAACAAGGUGUAGAAGGCUUCAAUUUGGAUGGAAUUCUUAGUGAGCUCGGAAGCUUUGGAAAAUAUCAGCUGCUGCUUCUACUACUCCUAGGUUUCCGAGACUCCUUCCUUAACAUGUGUAACUUUAACUAUGUCUUCACAGCUGCCGAUGAACCAUUCAGAUGCCUGAAGCCAUCCUGCGAUACCAAUUCAACUGACUCCUGGAUUCUAUUUCCUUCUAAUGACACCUGCUAUAAAUCCGACAACACAUCCUCGAGCUGUUCUUCUGACACAUUUGGUCCUAAGGCCAUACCCUGUGAAGAAAUCAUAUACGACAAAUACGACAGUAUAGUUGCUGAGUUCGACUUGGGAUGUCAGCCAUGGAAAGCCACACUCAUCGGUACUGUACACAACUUGGGGCUUGUCUUUUCAUUUGUACUCUCCGGAUUCAUUUCAGACAGGUAUGGACGGAAAGUAAUUAUCGUCAGUACCCCCCUAAUGGUGGGGAUCGCCGGUCUACUCAAAUCUUUUGCAAUGGAUUAUUGGACUCUUCUUGGUUUAGAAUUUCUGGAAACUGCCCUUGGUUAUGGCAAUGCAUCUAUGGUUUUAUCUCUAGAAGCGGUCAGUCACAAGAGCCGAGUGGUGUAUUCCUGCAUAUCAGACAUCUUGGCGUGCCUUGGGGGCGCAUUCUUUGGGUUGAUUGCAUGGAAAGUGCCAUAUUGGAGACACCUCAUGAGAGCCAUCUACGCACCACUACUUGUAGUAGUGUUUUACAUAUUUCUGAUUGAUGAGGGAGUACGAUGGCUGCUGGCCCAUAACAAGAGGGAUGAGGCUGUUCAAGUAUUAAAUAAAGUAGCCAAAAUUAAUAAUAUUACCCUAUCAAAAAAUGCGCAGGAUAUGCUAUCCAGCAUUAGUGAACCGAAAACUGAGCUUAAUAAGAUGAAGAGUACCGCCGAAGAAACUCCUAAUAUUUUCUCUGUUCUCCGGUCAAAAACGAUUCUCUUGCGAAUGGCACUUAUCGCCGCGUGUUUUAUCUGCUGUUCUUUCGUAUUCAGUGGUGCUAUUAUCAAUUCCGUCAGCAUUUCUGGUAGCAAAUACUUGAACUUUUCGAUCAUGAUGUUAGUUCAGGUACCGACUAGAAUAAUCACAGCUCUGACGUUGACAAGGUUCGGAAGAAAGGCGCCGAUUUGCGUCGCUUAUUGCUUCUGCGCCUUAUUUUUUAUGGCAUCGGCAUUUGUGCCUAAAUCAAUAUGGUGGGCGUCGGUAUUGUUCUAUAUUGCUGGCAAGAUGUGUAGCAGCUACGGAAUCUUCUCCGUACAAGUGGUUGCCAUGGAGAUCUUUCCCACCACCUCCCGUAACUGCCUCACGAACGUUGCUAACACUGUGGGCAGGUUGGGUUCUGUCUUAGCACCGCAGACACCGUUGCUAGAAAAAGUAAUGCCCGGACUACCGAGCAUUGUCUUCGCAUUGGCCGCACUAGGCCCAGCUUUUCUGGCACUUCUGCUGCCAGAUACAAGUCGUUCCGUUUUACCAGACAAAGUGGCCGAUGCUGAAAAACUAGACGCAACUAAAACCGAGGAAGAAGCAACAGAAAGCUUUAAACAGCGGUUAUGAUCUUUGUAGGGCUUGAGUGACAUUGCCUAUACGGGUUAACGACAUUUACCAUGCCUUAUAACUCUUCUAUCUCGUUCUUUGUACAAAAGUAGCUUCGAAGUAAUUUUUUGACUAAGUAAAUAAGAUUUGUGAAACUGACUGUUGAUUAUUUUAAGUUGUGAUACUAUAUUUUAUAUUUGAUUGAAAUUUAUUAUUAAAAUUUAUUUAAUUAUUUUAAUUUCCAUGCUUUUGACGCUGAUCGCGGUUUAUUUUAAGGAAAAAACACCGUUUAAAGUAUAAGUUUGUGAUACAGAAUAUUCAUAAUUAAUGAAUCAUCUAAUAUUUCACUUUACCAAAAGAAUGUCAAAAGUAAUAUUUUAAAGUGUGUUUAGAUUUGUGUUACAACGCAUAAUAUAAAUAUUCGUAAUUUGUGUAUUGUAAGGACACGCGUUAUAAAUCUAAAUUAAUUGACUAAAUAAAGCGAUCUCAACCUA